GGCAUCAGGUCAUUUGGCUCGCCAGCGGGCACCGCGUCAUCUGGCAAGGCAGUGGGCACCGAGUCACCAGGUACGACAGCGGGCUCUGAGUCAAUUGGCACGAUAGCGGGCACUGGAUCAGGUACCGGAUCAUCUGGAUCAACAGCGGGCAUCGAGUCAACUGGCCUAAUAGGAUCAUCAGGCUGGAUCAGCCGGAGUAGAGGCUCCAGGCCGAGUAGAGGCUCCAGGCCGAGUAGAGGCAUCAGCCGAGUAGAGGCUUCAGGCCGAGUAGAGGCUUCAGGCCGAGUAGAGGCA